ACAGAUGAUAACAAGCCCUCAGCACUGCAGAGCUCAUUUGAAUGCUGCGACCGCCGCUGAGGGCCAGAAGACAGAGACAGAGACAGAGGUGCAGAAGAAGAAGACAGAGACAGAGACAGAGGUGCAGAAGAAGAAGACAGAAGAAGAAGACAGAGGUGCAGAAGAAGAAGACAGAAGAAGAAGACAGAGGACAGACAGAUAUUUUCCUGUCAUGGCAGAGAGUGCCGACAUGGAGCAGCUCCUGAUGUCUUUUAAGAAGUUUGCCGUCCACGGAGACACGAAGGCCACAGGGAAGGAGCUUAACGGGAAAAACUGGGCCAAACUGUGCAAAGAUUGCAAGAUCGUUGACGGCAAGAACAUCACCAGCACUGAUGUGGACAUUGUCUUCUCCAAAGUCAAACAGAAGACGUCUCGGGUCAUCACCUAUGAGGAGUUUCGGAGAGCUCUGGAGGAGUUGGCUCCAAAGAGGUUCAAAGGUCAAAGUAAACAGGAGGCGCUGGAGUCCAUCUUCAAACUGGUGGAAGGCAGAGAACCCACCAACAUUGGUGUGACGAAAGUGGCGAAGACGGCGACGGUGGACCGUCUGACCGACGCGUCUCGUUACACUGGAUCACACAAGGAGCGCUUCGACGAGAGCGGCAAGGGCAAAGGUCGGGAGGGCCGGGAGGAGCUUGUGGAGAACACGGGCUAUGUGGGAGCGUACAAGAAUGCUGGGACGUACAACACCAAGGUGAAGGCAGAGAAAUAACGAGGUCUGAAGCAACACCGCCUGCUAGGAGCUGACAGGAAGUACAGCACAGUCUGGACCAAACCUUGAACUUUGACCCCUCUGUGAGUGUGUGUGUGUGUGUGUGUGUGUGUGUGUUGUGUUUGAACUGGACAGAGUGACAGAGCUUCAUGUUCAGUCGGAUGAGCUGCACUCAGAUCAGGUCUGUAGACUAUAAACACGGGGAUAUGACAGAAGUGAGGCAGUUUGUAAGUAAUGAAACAUGACCAGGUGUCCUCAUAUGAACAUUAUGUGAAAAUGUUGUUGCUAAUCUGAUAGAUGCUAACAUGCUAAUACCAACAUAUAGGCCUGUUUGGGAACCAAUAUGACGACAGAAACAAUGAAAGCCAUCAGGAGAGCAACACCCUGUAAAAUCUGAUGUGCCACUUUUAUUUUGACACUGAAGAAAACUUACUGAGGAGCACAGUGAAGAUUUCAUCCCCCACCUCCCCCUGUGAUGUUCAUCCUGUCUGAAUGAGGCUUUAUUUUGUGUGUAAAGUUUUUCUUCUUGUUAAAUUCUGAGUUGCUACUAAGGACAGCCUUCAGUAGUGUAAUGUACUCUGCUAAAUGUUGUUUAUAUCAUCCAAACUCAGCUCACUGCUUCAGGUCUGAGGACAUUUUGGGACUUUUGGAUUUAAUUAUAUUGAUACUGAAUCUGCAGCAUCCUGAAACCUAAAGUCAUGAUGGGAAUUUUUCUUCUUUGAUUUUUAAUAUAUGCAGUCUUGUUCUUCCUCUGCAAUACAAUUAUUUUAAAUGUUUUGUUUCGGUCUGAAACUCUUCAUGUUUGGAGUUGAUGCAGGUGCAGAAAGUGGACUCUAGCUGCAGUGUAAGUUACUUUAUUGAAUGAAUAAAGGCAAAAAAAGGGA